AUGAAUCGUUAUGAGAUGCUAGACCGGGUUGGCGACGGUGCUUUCGGUGAGGUUUCCCGUGCGCGUAGCCUCAAGACGCACGAGAUCGUUGCAGUCAAGAAAAUCAAGGCGCUGUUCCCCACGUGGGAGGAGUGUCUCCAAUUGCGCGAGCUCAAGUCGCUGCGGGUGCUACGUCACGAAAACAUUGUGCUACUGAAAGAGGUCAUCCGUGACAAAGAAGAGCUCUACUUCGUGUUCGAGUUCAUGCAGACAUCCCUUUUCCGACCGUCGACGCCGUCGUGGACUUCAACGCCUCCACAUCCAUGGUUUUCGGAGGCUCAGGUGCGGUCAAUCAUGUACCAACUCUUCAGUGGGCUAGCCUACAUGCACAAGCACGGCUACUUCCACCGCGACAUCAAGCCCGAGAACCUCCUGUGCCAUGAUGACACACUGAAGAUCGCUGACCUUGGACAAGCUCGAGAAAUUCGAUCGCGACCACCGUUCACGGAUUACGUUGCAACGCGAUGGUACCGGGCACCAGAACUCUUGCUGCGGUCUACGACGUACAACAGCCCAAUUGAUAUGUGGGCGUGCGGGUGCAUCAUGGUUGAGCUGCUCAUCUGUACUCCACUGUUUCCAGGGACGUCCGAAGCUGACCAAUUCUAUCGCAUUUGCAAGGUGCUCGGCACACCAACCAAAGAAACCUGGCCUGAGGGUGCAGCAAUGGCUUCUCACAUGCAGGUGCGGUUUCCCAAGUGCGCUCCGGUCUCGUGGGGGCGAUUCUUACCUCCAGGUACACCGUCUUCAGCCGUCCAACUUGUGCAAGACCUACUCCAAUACGACCCAAGCCGACGCAUAACGGCAGCACAGGCACUUCAGCACCGCUUCUUCGAUCAGACCGUGCCGCGACCAAUUUUAACGAUACCCUCACUUGCUAUGGUCGACGAAGGAGUUCCUGUGUUGCCACUCCGAAGUGAGUUCAAAUCUGUUGGGGGCUUUUCAAGUUACGCAGGUCGAACAAGCGUCUGUGCGAAGGAAACAAGUGCAGUGGAAAAUUCGGGUCAUUGGGCUGGAGGUGGCGGGCUGUCAUCGCGACAAGAGCAUCAUCUGUGGACGGCUAAAGAGCGACACCAAACGCACGCGCGACACCAAGAAUGGGUCUCCUCACUCAUUGGCAGUGCUCGUCCUGGCGGGUUUGACGACGUGGCAGAAGCAAAAGUUUGUGCGUCAAUUCAAAGCGGCGGCUCUGAUGAGGACGCUAAGAACGAUAGCACUCUGUUACAAGACCUGCUAGAUGAGAUUCUGGGAUAA